CCAACGCUCGCCUCCGUUGCCUACAUACGCCACACUCAGAUUUCAACCUGCUGCAACUAUACAGAUGCGGACACGAAACCGUAAAGUUUUGAAGGACGUCACACCUGGGAAUACCCCGCAGUCGAAGAGGUCCGUGAGGAGCACGGGCAAGUUCAAGGACAAGUGGCUCGGCACUGCCGGGCGCGUCCCCGCACUAGACUUGAAAGCCGUCGACGAGGACGAUGAGCUGCCGCAGCUCUCUGUUUUGCCCACACCCGAAUCCCCUGUUUUCGCUCGUACGGGGCCGGCGAAACAAACUAGGUCCCCGGAACAUGGCACACGAGUCACUCGUACUGCGAGGCAACCUGCGGCACCGAUCCGAAAGGAGGUGUUCUCUCCUCUUCCACCAUCAUCUCCGCCAUCCAUGUCUUCCUUCGAUGAAGAGGCGGAGAACCGUCCACCACCCAAGCCAGAACAUGAGGACGGCAAUGCGGACGGGGAGAAUGAUUUUGUCGAAGACGAGAACGUUGCUAGGCUGGACGGGAGUGCCCGCGAGGACGAGCUUCUCGAAGUCCAAUACGCGAAGUCUCCUUCGUCGGACGACCCAUUUGGCUUCUCUGCGCUUGAGCGACGGUUCAAGAUACAGAGGGAGCUAGAAAGAGAGCAUCGGCGUCGGAGUGCGGGGUUUGCGGUUCCAGCACCCUCGUCAGCAAGCAAAAUGAAGGAGAACACUCACUCUCGCGUGCCGUUCAGCGUACUCGCCACCGCAGGGUCUCCGUCGGAACCAGCGCAUUCCCGCCCACCCACACCAUACCAUCCGAACGACGACCUCGAGGACAUGUAUCUUAACCCCAACCCAGAUCUUUACCUACCCGAAGAGCCAGAAACAUUGGACACUGCGCCCGCUCUCGACCCAGUCUUACCAUCUGAGAGCGAAGAGGCGUACGACCCACUCAGUACCCCACAUCCUCGCCAUGUCGCAAAUAUCCUUCCGCUGGCGUCGCCGUUUUCCUCGCGGGAAGCUACUCCCUGCGAUCGCAGUCUUGUGGACUCGCCACUCUCUAGCCCGUCGCCUGUCAAGCCACUCACUGUCACCCGUACGCUACCUGUGGCCGGCUCAACAACAAAGAAGAAGGAGAUGGGGAGACUUAUCGCUGCUCGUGCCUUCGCUAGCUCGACACCGGCGUCCACACCACUUCCAAGUGCGAGGAAGGUUCCGGUGCAACCCUCGUCGGUGAAGCCGAUGCGCCCUAUGCCCCCGCCUGAAGUGCCGAAAGAGAAAAGGGUGAAGGAAGCGACGAAGAAGAGCGCGCAGCUGGGGAAAAUGAAAGGAAAGGUGAAGGCACAGGAGGAAGAGGAAGAAGAGGUGCAAGACCCGAUGAUGAUCUCGCAGAAACUCGAGAAGCUGCUUCCCAAACGCACAGUUCGUCGGCGAGCCAACGGCACGGCGGCCAUAACCGAGACAUCUCAGCCGCGCAGCAGAGGACGCCCACGCAAAAAGGCGAGCUCGCCGCAGGAGAGCGAAGCAGGGAGUGGUAGCGAGAGUGGCGGCGGUGGCGGCGAGAGCUCGUCCCCGCUUGCGACGCGCAAGCGCAAGGCUCCAGCACGCGCAACUCAUCAGUCGCACCCUGUAAAACGGAUGCGCGUCGAGGUCGUAAUCUCGCGUCCGCCACCACACCUGCGCAAGUCCGGUGAUCCGAGUCCUGUGAGAUCGCGCGCGAAGCCGGCCUCGUCCAAGCCCGCGUCAACGCGCAGGUCUGCGAAGGCGAAAGGCAAAGGGAGGGAGCACGCCGGCCUGCGGAAGGUCGGCGAGGAGGACUCGGUACGUGUCCCCCGUCCGCACGCCUGAGGCUCCUCGGCGUGUAUCCGUUGCUGCUGUUGUCCGUCUGACCCGCCGUCGCAGGACGAAGCGCGGGUGCGGCUCGCACGCAUUGAAUAUUAUCGUAAUCUAGACGCGAACUAUAAGAUGGCGAGGGAAAAUGUGUAUGUUGUAUGAGUAUUAUACCGUAUGUGGGGUCGUAUAUACGCGCGAGUGGGAUCUCGGAAAGGUGUGAAUGUGUCAUCUUGGUUCUUGAUGUGCUGUAUAAAUCAUUAAAUUUCGUUCUUGGAGUCGCUGCUAUCUGCACUUGCGCUGGUGACACUCCUCGAUACCACACCGUGGCCAUGAACGGCAGGUUAGAUGACUUCCUCGUGUGCCCUAGAGAAGCGUGCUGUACAUCAGCAAAAAAAUCGGCAACUUACCUAGCCUGAACAGCCCUGGCAAAG